CCACAAGUUUAACUUUCUUCUAUUCAAGGAUGCCCAUGUAGUCGAAGUAGUACUCAACUUCAAGUAGUCAAUUGAGGAAGUCCUCGAUGUGGAGUUAGUUGUUGAAGUUAGGAAGAUCACUUGCAUAUUAAAUUCUCGAUAUGUCCAAUUUACCUGAUCAUCACCUUGUCCAGGGUAUUGGAGGAUCAUGCCAUCGAUCUCCUCAUCGCUGGAUUCCACAUCCUCAAGUAUGAUUUUGCGAUUCACCACCGACAUCGCCCCGCAAUCAGCACGAUUAUGAAUUCCAACACCUACCGAUGGCAUAUCACCGCAACAAAUACGAAGUUGCCCUAAGGCCUCCGUCAUGCGGUCAAGAGCAGCUUACAACCCUUGCAUAACUAGUCGAUUCUCCUGCCGAGUUGCCUCGAAAGCCGUCAUAGUUAAAGGAUAACUCCUUAAAGCACUGUACAUGAGAUUGUUACUCGAUUCGUCAUUAAAAGCCAUCGAUCUAAGGAAAAGCCUCACUCCAAAACCAAAUUGACAUGGAAAAGGGUGUGAUGAGGACAAUCAUCAGCUUCUUCAAACAAUAAACACCUUGAAUUUAUAAGGCCCUCUUGAAUCCCCGAGAGAAAUUUUUCUAAUUCAAAAUUUUAGAAAUAUUUUAUUAAAAAACUCUCUAAAAUAAAUAAGAUUGCAUGCUUAAAUAACCCUAAAUAAACCCUAAGACACAAUUCAAAGAGACUUAAACAAAUAAGGAAAUAAAAACUGAAAAUUGCGAAAGUUCCCGCCAUCUGUCAAUUAAAUCGUCGAUCGAUCGGAAUGGCUGAAAAACAUCAGAGACUAAAAUUAAAAAAUUAUGUGAGUUCCGAUGGAUGGGUCAAUCGAUCUUCUUCAGCUCCACUUAGGUUAGAAACGGGCUUGAUCCACGUCCUACAUAGAAGCCCAUGAAUUUCACAAAUCCCCACCUCAAAGAGAACGCUUCGCUCGCCAUAACACAGUACACAGUGGAAGUAUCCUAACACAGCAGUCAUCAAGCAAUCAAUCUACGCAGAUGUGGCCCACCUAGAUUAGAUCUUGAGUGUUCAUCUGUCGUACCCAACAGUGGGCAGGCGAUAGGCCAAAAGCACACCGGACAUGUAAUUGGAUGAUUUUCAUCCAUACAACUUGGACUGUGUUGUUGGACAUUUUUCUAACUACCCAUCUGUAGUUCUCAAGAGUAAGUGGCUAGAUUAGAUCAUUCAGCCGUCACCAACAGUAAGCCUGACAGAUGAAAGGUCCCGAUCUUUCCCACGGUUUUGAGACUCACUUGGUCCUUUAACCAUCAUCUUAUUACGAAUACAGCAUAUAUGCUGGUGUUGGAUGCAAGCAAAGUUAUGUUCCUGACGGACUAAGUGGUUCAUGCUCCAACUGUAUGGUUAAGAUAAGAGAUUGCUCAAUCCACAACGUGUCCCACAAUUUCAAUGGUCUGGAUAUCUUCACAUGAUGCCACGUGUUAGGAAGACACCCUUUACGAUCCCUCUCUAACCACCUACCGUUGAUACUUUUGAAACUUCGCACGCUUGAGAGAGAGAGAGAGAGAGAGAGAGAGAGAUAUGAAGCGUUUCUCUACCUUGUUAUCUCCUACCAGAAAGGCCAGAACGCCGUUAGAUUCAGACUACCCACUUCUCUCCUUGGUCGAUUCUUGCAAAUCCAUGGCCCAUAUCAAGCAAGCCCAGGCCCACCUGAUCAUCACAGGCCUUAUCCUCCACUCCUUUCCUGCAAGCAAGUUGAUAAUAAAACUCUUCGCCUUACCAAUACCCUCCUCUCUUUCAUACGCGCACCAACUGUUUGAUCAAAUCCCUUCCCCCAAUCUCUUCCUCUACAACACUCUCAUCAAAGCCUAUGAGCCCACGGCCCACUCCUCCCACAACUCGCUGCUCCUUUUCCGGUCAAUGCUCCGGAAUUCGAGCCCUUGUCCCAAUCGAUACACCUUCGUCUUCGUCUUCCACUCGUGCAACUACGGGUUAGGCAUUUCGGAAGGGGAGCAGGUGCGUGUCCAAGCAGUCAAACGUGGACUAGAUACAAAUGUGUUUGUCGCGAAUGUGUUGAUUCGGAUGUACGCGAAUCAGGGGUUUGUUGAUGAUGCGAGGAAAGUGUUUGAUUGGAGCCUCGAGCGGGAUUUGUUUUCUUGGAAUUCGAUGAUUGGUGGAUACGUGAGGGCGGCCGAUUUGGGUCAGGCUAGGGAACUGUUUGAUGAAAUGCCCGAGCGGGAUGUUGUCUCGUGGAGCACUAUAAUCGCAGGUUAUGUGCAGGUGGGUUUCUUCAUGGAGGCAAUGGAGCUAUUCUGCAAAAUGCAGCUCGCUGGUAUUGUGCCAAAUGAGUUUACUCUUGCCAGCGUUCUUGCAGCCUGUGCUAGUUUAGUGGCCUUGGAUCAAGGAAGAUGGAUCCAUGUUUACAUAGAGAAGGCUAGAAUCAACAUGAACGAGCGAUUGCUUGCCAGCCUCAUUGACAUGUAUGCUAAGUGCGGUGAUAUUGAUCUCGCCUUCAGAGUAUUCUGUGAUGAAAACAAUCCAAAGAGAACCGUAUGGCCUUGGAAUGCCAUGAUAAGUGGGCUUGCAAUGCAUGGCCGAUCCAAGGAAGCAAUAAAUCUUUUUGAGCGGAUGAAGAUUGUAAAUGUAGCUCCUGACAGGAUCACAUUCGUCGCUUUGCUUAAUGCUUGUAGCCAUGGAAGAUUGGUGGAUGAGGGACGGCUAUAUUUCAAAUUGAUGAGAAGCAUUCAUGGCAUUGAACCUGGACUUGAGCAUUACGGGUGCAUGGGUGAUCUUCUUGGCCGUGCCGGACUUUUGAAGGAGGCAGAAGAAAUGAUAACCUCCAUGCCUAUGGCCCCAGAUACAGUAAUAUGGGGGGCUCUACUGGGUGCCUGUCGAAUUCAUGGAGAUAUGGAGAUGGGGAGAAGGGUUGGGAAAUUCAUUAGAGAUUCAGAACCUAAUCAUGUGGGUUGUCAUGUUCUGUUGGCAAACAUGUAUUCUGAAUCCAGAAGAUUUAAUGAUGCAAAAGAUCUGAGAGACAGGAUUGAAAUCGCCGGUGUGAAGAAGACCCCAGGUUGUAGCUCCAUCGAAUUGGGUGGAACAUUCCACCAGUUCCUCGUGGGAGAUAGAUCGCACCCUCAAACGAAGCUGAUCUACUCGUUUUUGGAUGAGAUGGCCAUUAAAUUGAAGAUUGCUGGCUAUGUGCCAGAAACCAGAGAGGUCAUGCUUGAUCUUGAUGAGGAAGAGAAAGAAACUGCAUUAUUGAGACACAGUGAGAGAUUGGCAAUUGCUUUUGGGUUGAUCAACACAGCGCCCGGGACACUGAUCCGCAUUGUAAAGAACUUGCGUGUCUGUGGAGAUUGCCAUCAGGUGACAAAGUUCAUCUCCAAGGUUUAUUCUCGAGAAAUCAUUGUCAGAGACCGAAUGAGAUUCCACCAUUUCAAGGAUGGAUUGUGUUCUUGCAAAGAUUAUUGGUAAACAUGGAGAUAGCACCAAGUUAUCUCAUUUGUGAUUGAGGCCGAACUUGACAAGAUCCAAUUCAAUUAAAGUGGAAGCGCCAGAUUGGAGAGACUGUUUUAAAGUGUAAGCUUGGUUAAGCUGAAAAACAAACCUAUAAUCAUUGUUUCACUCAAUCUUAUAAUCUGUUCAUAGAAACCAAGGAAAGAGAGGAGCGCAGAGAAAGGAGAUGAAAACGUCAUACCCAUUUUGCCAUUUGCUGGUGGCCGUUCCUGCUGGCAAACCUUCAUCAAUGGGUCAGUAAGAGGCUCGCCCUUCUGAACAUGUUGAUUUGAGCAAACCACUGGGUUCUUAUGUUUCAGCUUCCCAUUACAGUCUCCAUUGACUUUGUUGUUGAACGAUCCUUACCUUGAACCCAAACAGCUCAUGCAUGGUUUUUUUCUUUUUUUUUCAACUAAUGAAUAAAGCAAAGCUAUGGCAGUUCUGAAUGUAUCUAAUCUUCUGAGUUAAUGCGAGGAUGAGAAUAGCCCGAUUGAAUAAGGAUUGGUUGCAUGCUUAGCUACAUCUAUAAUGUGGCAUUCAUCAACUCAAAUUAAACAACCCAAAUUAGCAUUGGGACCAAUGAACAUUUUCCAUUUCUAACUGUUCAGUAUAUAUCCACCAAUGGACUGUUUUAAGAAAUUAAAUCAGUUGAAUUUUUAUAUAUUAUCCCCAUCUAAACUGGGUUCCACGGUUUCAAUGGCUCAUUUUGA